AUGCAAAAAUCAGUAACAAACGGCGCGUCGUAUCUUACGACGGAUCACGACUGCAAGAAGAAUAUCGAUUUGAGUAUUCGGUACAGUCGAUGGAUUUUGAAGCCAAUCGGCGUCUGGCCAACUUCUCCUAACAUUUUGAUGGCAGAAAAAUAUUUCUAUCGGUUCAUAAAUACCAUUUGCUAUAGUUUGAUUUGUUUCCUCUUGGUACCCUGCAGCCUAUACUUAAUUCUGGAAGUGAAAGAUGUUUAUAACAGAAUAAAAUUAUUUGGCCCCUUGAGUUUCUGCGUGAUGGCGUUUUUAAAGUAUCAUCUCUUGAUCCUUCACGAAGAUGAUAUUCGCGAGUGUAUCAAACGCAUCGAAUGGGACUGGAAGAAUAUUACGUACUCUGAGGACAGAGAAAUCAUGAUAACGAAUGCGAAUUUUGGAAGAAGAUUGGUUAUUAUCUGUGCAUUUUUUAUGUAUAGUGGUUUUGCUUUUUAUUAUAUCGCCAUACCUAUUAGCGUUGGAAAAAUUCCUGCGGGAGAUGUCAAUGUCACCUUCAUUCCUCUGGUGUUCCCUUUCUCGAGAUUUAUUAUGGAUACUCGAUAUAGUCCCAUAAACGAGAUUGUAUUUUCUCUUCAAUUAGUAAGUGGUUGUUUGAUGCAUAGUAUUACGUCAGCGGCUUGUAGUUUAGCUGCUAUAUUUGCGGUGCACGCAUGUGGCCAGAUGCAGAUUUUGACGAGCUGGCUGAAACAUUUGAUCGAUGGUCGGUCAGAUAUGUAUAACAACGUCGACAGCAGAAUCGCCAACGUCGUGAAUCAACAUGUUCGAAUAUUGAACUUCCUAGCGCUUACAGAAAAAACACUGCAACAAGUAUCAUUCGUAGAAUUUAUUGGUUGCAUGUUAAACAUAUGUCUUCUUGGGUACUACGUUAUUAUGGAGUGGAGUUCGAGUCAUUUAACCAGUGCCAUAACGUUUUUCAUAUUACUAAUAUCUCUUACGUUUAAUAUUUUCAUAUUUUGCUAUAUAGGCGAGGUGGUAGCGGAACAGUGUAAAAAAAUUGGGGAAACAUCGUAUAUGGUUGACUGGUAUCGAAUAUCAGGAACCAGAAAGCUUUGUUUUGUACUAAUGAUAGCAAUGGCUAAUUCGUCGAUUAAAUUGACGGCUGGGAACAUGGUUGAACUGUGCUUAACUACCUUCAGUGAUGUAAGUAUGAAAUUACCUCAACCGCAUUCACGAACGCCUCACUUCAAAAUUUGUUUCCUCUCUCGAGUAUCAACGAUGAAUAAAGAGAAACCUGUGGUGAUCGAGCAUGAUUAUAAGAGAAACGUGGAUUUGAGUAUUCAGUGGAAUCGUUGGUUGCUAAUACCAAUUGGUACUUGGCCAAAUUUACGUAAAUCGAUACUAGGAAAAUAUUUCUCUUCGCUCAUUAAUGUCAUUUGUUUUGGUUUAAUCAGCUUCAUGCUCGUAUCAUGUACUCUGUACCUCGUUAUAGAAGUAGAAGAAGCGUAUCAUAAAAUCGAAAUGAUUGGCCCAUUGAGCUUCUUCCUAAUGACGUUUAUGAAAUAUUAUUUAUUGAUACUACAAGAAAAUCACAUCAGCGAGGGAUGCGAACACAUCGAAUGGGACUGGAAGAAUAUCGAACAUCACGAAGAUAGAAAUAUCAUGGCACAGAACGCGAAUUACGGACGAAGAUUAGUGGCCAUCUGCACCUUUUUCUUAUUUAGUGGUUUUGCAUUUUUCUACAUUGUUGUGCCUGCUAGCGUUGGUCAAGUGGUAACAGAGGAUGGAAAUUUGAGCUUCGUUCCGUUACCCUUUCCUGCCUCGAAAUUGAUCGCUGAUGUGCGUUACAGUCCCAGUAAUGAAAUUAUUUUCUCCAUCCAAACCCUAACAGGUGUCGUAAUGCAUACUGUAACAUCAGCGGCUUGCAGUAUCGCCGCUGUGUUUGCGGUGCAUGCUUGCGGUCAGAUGCAAGUAUUAAUGAACUGGCUGGAACAUUUGGUCGAUGGUCGAUCCGAUAUGAGUAAUAUCGUGGAUGAAAGGAUCGCUAGCAUCGUUACUCAACACAAUCGGAUACUGAGAUUUCUGGCGCUCACGGAAAAUGCACUUCAACAAAUAUCUUUCGUAGAAUUUUUGGGAUGUAUGAUGAACAUGUGCCUUCUCGGAUAUUAUUUUAUAGUGGAAUGGAGUUCGAAUGAUAUUAUGCACUCGAUAACUCACAUGAUCUUAAUGAUAUCGUUCUCUUUCAAUAUUUUUAUAUUCUGUUAUAUAGGUGAACUAGUUGCUGAACAGUGCAAAAAAGUUGGUGAAAUGACAUAUAUGAUCGACUGGUACCGAUUGACAGGAAAAAAGAAGCUUGGCUGCGUUUUAAUCAUUGCAAUGUCCAAUUCGUCGAUAAAAUUCACUGCAGGAAAUAUGAUCGAAUUAUCUAUUAGUACUUUUAGCGAUGUAAGUGUGAGACUAUUGAUGUUUCUUACGUAAAUUCGCAAGUUAAUAAAAAUAUUUUGAACGAAUAGGUU